UACAGGUGAUAUAUGUGUGGACGUCGACAUUAAUUAACGGUUAACUGCGUUUUUUUCGGGUAGUAACAGAUAUUAGAUAUGACUCCGUAAUAGUUUUAUAUUCAAUAUUUAAUUUGUGUGUCUUUUUCAUAAAAACAAAGCAUAAAACAACUGUAAUUAUGUAAAAACCUAAUUUGGGCUUUCACUCUUUCCGUAGUUGUUUAGCGCGCGGUUUAAGAUUCUGCCUCUCAACUCACUCUUUUUGCCCGUAGUAGUUUUUAUUUACGCGUUUAUGAAAACAAAACGCAACCAUUUUGGGGGAAAAAAAGUCAACUCAAACGUCCUUUUUUGGAGUCUUACGCCCCUUAAAAAGAUUGUCGAAGCGCCGGUAAGGAUGCUAGCCGGCUAACUUCAAGCCGAAAAGCAACGACGUCAAGUCAAGUGAGGACAUGAGAAGAAGUUUGGCUCCGAGUCAGGUCGCUAAACGAAAGCAUGGGGAGGAUGAAGAGUGGUCGUGCACGGCGGUGCAAAAACGAAGUAAAGGAGAGCAAGCGGUGACGACUUCGCCGUUCAGGAGGCCGCUGACCCAGCUCAACGUCCGCCCCGCGUACCCCGACGGCGACAAACACGAGGAAUUCAUCCGUCGGAUCCUUUCCAAGCCGUUUAAAGUCCCCAUCCCAAAUUACACAGGCCCGUUAGGCAUCCGAACGCUCGGCCUGAGGCGAGCCGGGGUGAGGCGGGCGCUUCACGACCCAUUCGCCGAAGACGCCUUGGUUUUGUUUGAGCCCGAAUCGCUCAGCGCCCACGAGCAACUUAAAAUAGACAAGGACAAAAUUCCAGUCCACGUGGUCGUGGAUCCCAUCUUGGGGAAAGUGCUUCGACCUCACCAGAGAGAGGGCGUCAAGUUCCUGUGGGACUGCGUGACGGGGCGGCGCAUCCCCGGCUCCUUCGGCUGCAUCAUGGCCGAUGAAAUGGGCCUGGGCAAGACGCUGCAGUGCAUCGCCCUGGUGUGGACGCUGCUGCGACAGAGCGCCGACGCCAAGCCCGAGAUCGACAAGGCGGUGGUGGUGGCGCCCUCCAGCCUGGUGCGCAACUGGUACAACGAGGUGGCCAAGUGGCUGGGGGCGCGCGUGGCUCCCGUGGCCAUCGACGGAGGCUCCAAGGACGACAUCGACCGACAGCUUGUCAACUUCAUCUCCCAGCGCGGCCUCCGCGUCCCCACGCCGAUCCUCAUCAUAUCCUACGAAACCUUCCGGCUGCACGCCCAAGUCCUGCACAAAGGCCAAGUGGGACUCAUCAUCUGCGACGAGGGACAUCGGCUGAAGAACGCCGACAACCAGACAUACCAGGCCCUCAAUGCCAUGCGGGCCCAGAGGAGAGUGCUGAUAUCGGGCACACCCAUCCAGAACGACCUGCUUGAGUACUUCAGCUUGGUGCACUUUGUCAACUCCGGCAUUCUGGGUACGGCGCAGGAGUUCAAGAAGCGCUUCGAGCUGCCCAUCCUGAAGGGCCGCGACGCCGAUGCCAGCGACAAGGACCGACAGACAGGAGAGGAAAAACUCAAGGAGCUCAUCGGCAUCGUCAACAGGUGUUUAAUCAGGAGGACGUCCGACAUCCUGUCCAAGUAUCUGCCCGUCAAGAUCGAGCAGGUGGUCUGCUGCAAGUUGACGCCACUGCAGACGGAGCUCUACAAGCGCUUCCUGAGGCAGGCCAAGCCCGUCGAGGCUCUGCAGGGUGGCAAAAUCAGCGUCUCCUCACUGUCAUCUAUCACCUCGCUCAAGAAGCUCUGCAAUCACCCAGCUCUCAUCUACGACAAGUGCGUGCAAGGCGAGGAGGGUUUCCAAGGCACUUUAGAUCUUUUCCCGGCCGGCUACUCUGCUAAAAGCGUGGAGCCUCAGCUUUCAGGCAAAAUGUCGGUCUUGGACUUGAUCCUGGCCGUGACCAGGGCCACCAGCAACGACAAGGUAGUACUGGUGUCCAACUACACGCAAACGCUGGAUCUCUUUGAGAAGCUAUGCCACUCCAGGAGGUACCCGUACGUACGCCUAGACGGCACCAUGUCCAUCAAGAAGAGGGCGAAGAUCGUGGAGAGGUUCAACAGUCCUGACAACCCCGAAUUCAUCUUCAUGCUGAGCAGCAAGGCGGGCGGCUGCGGCCUCAACCUGAUCGGCGCCAACCGCCUGGUGAUGUUCGACCCCGACUGGAACCCGGCCAACGACGAGCAGGCCAUGGCUCGGGUGUGGCGUGACGGCCAGAAGAAGACCUGCUACGUGUACAGGCUGCUGUCGACGGGCACCAUCGAGGAGAAGAUCCUGCAGCGGCAGGCGCACAAGAAGGCGCUGAGCAGCUGCGUGGUGGACGAAGAGCAGGACGUGGAGCGACACUUCUCUCUGGGGGAACUCCGAGAGCUCUUUGCACUUAACGGGGACACGGCCAGCGACACCCACGACAAAUUCCGCUGCCGGCGCUGCGUCAACGGCAUCCAAACUCGCCCCCCGGCCCCCGAGGCCGACUGCACCAGCAACCUGUCGCAGUGGCAGCACUCAUGGGACAAGAAGGGGCUACGGGACCAAGUCCUCAAGGCCUCCUGGGACGCCGCAGCCGCCACCGUCUCCUUCGUUUUCCACCAGCGCUCCCACGAGGACCGCAGGGGCGUCGUAUGACAUGUAUUUAUUUCCUAUUCUUUUUUUUUCCAUAAAUAAAGUUUGUACAUAUACAGUGAAAAGGGCGGUUAGCCCCGCCCACUCUAAACAGAUUGGACGUUUAACGUCAUUGGCGUUGAAAAUUGAUCAUCUGUUUUGGAGUGGCAAAAUUCAAUCAAUAAAUACAUAAGUAAAUAAAACAUGUUAUU